CGUAAGGGCGGUUAUUGACACGGCGGAGAACUUUCAGUUUAACCUUUUACAGCGUUAUAACACGAGGGAAUAGCGUUUAUAGGAUUAGGUUUAUAGAAUAAGGAUUAUUUUACUCAUUGUCUUUGCUGAAAUUGGAUUUUUUAAAGCGUGAACUUGACGGAGGGAAACGGCUGCGUCGGUCGGUUUACGGACGGAAAAGGUUUAAAAACGACCAACGGAGAAAUUCAACCAGCAGCAGGAUGGAUUUUAUCAGUUUCGACUAGUUCAGCUCACUUAAAACGUCCAGAAAAUGUUGGAGAAAAGAGCCGUGGAGUUUCACCUGGAGGAGGACGUCCGAGGGAAGAACGUGAAGGAACCGUUCUGCAGCCAGUACAGCUGUGGUUCUCUGCUCGGCAGCGGCGGUUUCGGUUCAGUGUUUUCAGGCCAGAGGCUCUCAGAUGGACUGCAGGUUGCCAUUAAACAGAUUUCCAGGGACAGAGUGCAGCAGUGGGCCCGACUGCCCGGCGAGCUCGGCCCAGUUCCCAUGGAGAUCGCUCUGCUGCAGCGGCUGUCAGAGGUCGGGGGUCACGGGGGCGUGGUCCGCAUGCUGGACUGGUUCGAGGUGGAGGGGCGGGGCUUCCUGCUGGUGCUGGAGCGACCGCCGCACUGCCAGGACCUGUUCGACUACAUCACCGAGAGGGGAGCGCUGCCCGAACGCCUCGCACUCAGGUUCUUCCGUCAGAUCGUGGAGGCGCUGCGCUUCGUUCACGCUCACGGCGUGGUGCACCGAGACAUCAAAGACGAGAACAUCGUGGUCGACACGAGGACGCUGGAGGUCAAGCUGGUGGACUUUGGAUCAGGAGCUCCUCUGAAGGAGACGCCGUACAGCGAGUUUGAAGGUACCCGGGUCUACAGUCCUCCGGAGUGGAUCCAGUCUCAGUCCUACGAGGCGGUCUCUCUCACCGUCUGGUCUCUGGGCGUCUUGCUCUUCGACAUGGUUUGCGGCGACAUCCCGUUCGAGCGCGACCCGGAGAUCGUCGGGGCCACGCCCAUCUUCACCAGACGAGUCUCUAAAGAAUGCCAGUCUCUGAUUCGCUGGUGCCUGUCGUACCGCCCCGAGGAGCGCCCGACCCUGGAGGAGGUCCUGUGUCACCCCUGGAUGGAGGGGGAGGAGGAGGGAGGAGAGGAGCCCGGCUCUCUGCCCAGCCCGUCGCUGUAGAGGAGAAUAAACCUGAACCUGAACCUGCCUCUGGUCUCUGGACUCUGACACAGACUCAGACCUCAUGCUGGACUCUAGAGGACCGGAUCACCUGUGUUUGUUAGACUGGAAGAGAAAACUUCAUUUCCUGCCUGCAGCUCUUUAUUUAUCUCUUGUGGGUUUGGCGGCCAUGUUUGAUUUGUGCAGACUGGCUUCCUGUUUGGUUAUUUAUUACCUUGAGUAUUUAUUUGGUUCUGGACUGACGUGGACUGGUUCACCUACAUCAGAGCUCUUUGUUUUUCUGGCUCCGCCCUCUUUUCACCUCCUGGAAAUGUUCAGACAGAAGUUGGUGUGUGUUUAGAUAUUUAUUUAUAAGUAAGGGAGAGGUCACGUUCAGCAGCUGCACGUUCUCCGCGUUCUCCACGUGGGACCAGGUUCCUCGGGGCUUUAGAGGACCGGUCCGGAGAACCAGCAGUCCCAGCAGCAGACGUCAGACCUGGACUCUGAGGUCAGAUUUCCAUGUUGAAGAAGAGUUUGUUUUCUUCGUUUAAUGUUCGAACAAAGAGAUUUAUUUUUGUUUCAGAUGGAAACCAGUGAAUCUGGGAGAGAUGCAGCGAUCCGGUCCCGACGUCGGACCGGUACCGGGGCUAGGACAGUUUUACAAAGUUAGGAAGUUCCUCAGUGAGGAAUCAUUUACACUGGAUCAGAUCAGAACCCAAAGCCCAGGUAUCAGGACUGAAGGCGUCGGAUCGCUGCAUCCCCAGAAACUGGUUCGUGGCGGCACGCGUCCCGUUGGCGUGGGGAUGUGAUGUCAUCGUAAAUACUUGUGUAUUAUUGGGGGGUUUGGUGAUGAAAGCGGCCGUUCGGUCGCUUGUUUCUGUUUAUUUACAUUAAAUAAGAAUUUAACGGGUCGACGGGGAGAAAAAGAUCCAACGUUUGAAUAAAAGAGUUUAUUUUCUUUCA